AUGAUCGAGCCGUUCCAGGCUAUUUUUUCGGUGCCUCUAUCUUGCGAAGCUUGUAUUGAGGAUGUAUCGAAAUCUCUCCAUGCUCUUGAUGGCAUCAAGAGUGUCCAGGGCAAUUUGAAGGACCAGAUCUUGGUCGUCGAAGGAACUGCUGCACCGUCUGCUAUAGUUUCUGCAAUCCAAAACACCGGCAGAGAUGCCAUCCUCAGAGGAUGUGGGACUUCAAACAGUCAGUUCCUUCCCUUGUUUUUAAUUUCACUUCAUAUUUGCAUCAUCCCCAAUUUCGGAGAGAUCACCGCUCACCACCUUUCGUUGUAUAUUUUUGUGGGACAAGAUGCCUCAGUAUGUAUUUUAGAAACACAUGCGAGUACCGUAAAGACCUCAAUCCGUGGACUCGCCCGCAUGGUCCAGGUCGCCCCCAAACUGACGCUUGUUGACCUAACUAUUAAUGGGCUUGAUCCGGGGAAUUACUGGGCUACAGUUCGAGAGAAGGGAGAUAUUUCUCAAGGGGCAGCAUCGACUGGGAAUAUUUGGGAAUCUCUGAAACAAAACCUUGAAGGAUCAGAAUCGUCACGGGGAGUAUUUGGCCAGGUAGAAGUUGACAGCAAUGGAAAAGGGAACGUUUUCCUCGACCGUCCUGUUGCGGUAUGGGAGUUGAUUGGGAGGAGCAUGGUGGUGUCAGCGUCCAAAGAGGGGCCGUUCCGGAAGGAAGAUCCGAACACGCUGGUGGGAGUUAUUGCCCGCAGUGCUGGGAUCUGGGACAACAAUAAGAUGAACGUCUGGGUUUGGAUUCUCAUUCUCGACGAAUGGUGUCGCCGAAACCAAGCAGUUUCGCCAGUCAAAGGGCUGAAGGGCUUCAGAGAGUUGGGAGAGAUGAUGAUUCAGAUGGCUGUAUAG